CUGGGUUGUCCAGAAUUAUAAAUUUUGUGGAGGAAAUGAAGAAAGAUUACAAGUUGACUCAAAUGUAUAUGCCUUUCUAUGCAGCAUGCAUAUCAGCUGCUUUAGGGUUCCUGUUCUUUUUCUUGUCGUUUUCCAGUCCUUAUUGGUUGCAGUCGUAUGAUCGUGUACAUAGUUCUUUUCUGCACAUGGGGAUAUGGUCUGUAUGUUUCGACAAAUUUGUGCAUCCACAAGUACUAUUCUUAAUAAUAAGUCCGAUUUAUCAGAGUUUAGGAUUACCACGCAAAUGUGUUGACCGGGUGCUUUUGGGUAUAUGAUCGUUUUUUCUUCAAGAUUGGCAUAUGGCAGUGGCUAAAUCCAUACUGGUUGAUUGGUGUUCAAGUUUUAAUAACUAUAGCAUUUACGGCAAAAUGUUGCGUCAUUUUAAUCCUGGUCUUGUAUCACUUGUUGUUUGGCCAUCCAGCUGCUGAAUCAACUAUGGCUCUUGUUGGUGAGAUAUUUAUAGGGAUUCUUUUGACAAUAUGUAUUUUAGUAUUUGGUAUUAGCUCACAAAGUAGAAUAUGGAUGCCAAGACCUGAUCAAUAUUUUCUAUCAUGGUCAUUUGGUUUUAUUAUAUUAGCAGCUAUUUGUUCAUUUAUUUCAUCUGGUUUCUUGUAUUGUAUAAGUUAUACAGAUCGAGCAGCUCAAGAAGAAGUUGAAAAAUUCGAAGCUGUUGAAACAAAUUAUGGUAUGCCAAGUGUUCUUUCCGGUCGAAUAGGCAGUGGUGGUUUAUAUAGUGGAGGAUUAAGUGGUAUUGGAGGUGCAGGUGGUGUUGUAGUUAAAGUUCCAUCAACUGGAGCUCGUCCUGAACAAGUAAUUGCAUUAGAUUCAGAUUUACGACCUAUGGAUACAGGACAUGAAAGUAUGAGUUUAUUUUCACCUAGUAUUGGAAUGAUAACUAAUAAUUUAUAUCAUCAUUAUAAAGGUAUAGAAAAACAAUCUAUUCCAUUAAAUAAUCAACAUUCUAAUGAAUUGAAUUCCCGAACAUUUUCAAUCAUUGAUAGUGAACAAACUAGUCAAGAAACACCAUUAUAUAUAAAUCAUCCAAUAACUAAAUAUAAUAAACAUGCUAUAAUACAACCAUUAAAUCAUUUAUCAUCAUCUCCAUCACCAUCAUCAUCAUCUAAUAUGAAAUCUUAUUCACCAUUAGGUGAAGGUGAAGAUGUAGAAGAUCUUAGUAUGUUAUCUGAAAAUCCUGAUCAUAGACGAAAUACAAUCAUUCAACGUGAUAAUAAUAAUGAUUAUAAGGAUCAUCAUAGAUCAUCACCUUCUCCUAUUAGACAUUCAUUACCAACAUCUCAAAGUGGUUAUCAUCAUAAUACUACACGUUAUUCUCAUUAUUGAUUAGUGAUAUUGAUUGAUUGAUUGAUUGUUUGUUUGUUUAUUUAUAUAAUAUACAUUCAUAUCAAUA